UUUGACCUGGAGGAGUCGCACAGUUAUGAAGGGAAAUUCAAUGAAAUUUUUGUUUGAACGGAAUUCAACGCAUUUUUAUCUUCGGAGAUUUGAGGCGAAUAUUUUUCAGGAUCCCUGGUCCUUUACGGAUAUGGCCUCUCCAACCUAUGAGCACAUGGACGUCGAGUUGGAUGAUUUUAUUGCUACACCGAUCGGUCAUUCUUACACGUGUGAGGAUCAAGUCGUUAUUAAGGAUGGAUGGGAAAGGACUGUGUACUUAGGAGAUGGGGGAAAUCAGUCAUACUUUGAAGCAUUUAGGGAAAACCGGCCUAAUCAAACGGACUUUAGCCCAGCACUGGAAUGUGGGAGCAGGUUACCCCACCAAGUUCUUCCCUUGGCGCGUGGACCAUUGUUGGCAUAGUAAUUGGUGCAAUCGCGUUAUUCAGUUUUGCUGGGUUGGUUACGUACCUGAUUUGGAAUCGAUGUUAUAAAAUACAC